GUGUGGCGCGGCGUCUGGCAGGGCGAUCACGUGGCCGUCAAGAUCUUCUACUCGCGCGACGAGGCGUCCUGGACCCGCGAGACAGAGAUCUACAGCACCGCCAUGCUGCGCCACGCCAACAUCCUGGGCUACCUGGGCUCGGACAUGGCGUCGCGCAACUCGUGCACGCAGCUGCUGCUGGUGGCGCACUACCACCCGCUGGGCUCGCUAUACGACCACCUGAACCGCCAGACGCUCACGCUCGACCACUGCCUGUUGCUGCUCAUCUCGGCCGUUAACGGACUGAAUCACCUGCACUCGGAGCUGCACGGCACGCAGGGCAAGCCGGCGAUCGCGCACCGGGACAUCAAGACCAAGAACAUCCUGGUGAAGAACAACGGCGAGUGCGUGAUCGCCGACCUGGGCCUGGCCGUCACGCACCGCCAGGGCCACAUCGACCUGGGCAACAACCUGCGCGUCGGCACACGCCGCUACAUGCCGCCCGAGGUGCUGGACGAGAGCAUCAACAAGGAGUCGUUCGAGUCGUUCCUCAAGUCGGACAUGUACGCGUUCGGCCUGGUGAUGUGGGAGGUGACGCGCCGCUGCUCGUCCAGCGGCCGGGCCGAGCCGUACCGACCGCCCUACCACGACGUCGUGCCGGCCGACCCGGGCUUCGACGACAUGCGCAAGAUCGUAUGCGUUGACCAGCACCGACCGGUGAUCCCAAACCACUGGUCCGGACACCCGACUCUGGUCGGCAUGGCCAAGCUGAUGAAGGAGUGCUGGCACCACAGCGCCAUGGUGCGGCUGACGGCGCUGCGGCUUAAGAAGUCCCUCGUCCGCCUAGAGGGCGCCAUCAAGCCGGCCAACAACAAGGUGGACCUGUAGCGGCCGCGCCGACGCGCCGCCGCCGGGGCUCCGGCGCGGAAGUACCGAAGAGGCUGCCCUCUGGCGGCGGACGGCGCGCGUCGCCGCGUCAUCAGCGCAGAGGUACCGGGAGAUGCUGCCAUCUGGUGCCGGACGGCGCCAGCAGGCUCGCUGGCCGCCGUCGGCCCGCUGCUCCUCUGGCGGGCUGGCUGUGGGCACGUUUACCGAUGGACGGGCUGUACGUCCGCUGCAUGUCUACGUAACGUGUGAAUAUGCCGAUUUUUGUACAUGUGCCUUACCGCGCGCGAGCCGUUGGUGAGACUUCGCCGGUUUUGUAAGUGGACAAGCGCGCAAGUGAAGCUUUGUAAGUAUGCGCGCCAUUCGAGCGUGCCGCUUGUGAGACGGCGCCGGCCGCGGGUGCCGGUCCCUUCGCGAGGCUGGCGUGUGGUGGCCCCACCCGCGCUCUGCUGGAGUCGGUCGCAGUGCCGAGGUGCGGAGGGCGCUGAGCGUGCUCGGGGU